UUUUACUGUAGUAGCGCCGGAAUACAAUGCUUGUGCUAUGGUCUGGGAGCAUCUAGAAGGCCGCCAUGGUAAGUGUAAAAUCUAGAUGGCCGCCUACGUAAUGUAAGAAAUAAAAUUCCCUUACUAGAAAUUUUUUUCAAGUGGCCCAGUGUUGGCCACGUGGCAGUGGGAAAAUUUUGUCAACCAGCACAGAGCUGCCGGAUACGACUUUGGCAACAAAGCCUCUCUCCAAUGCCUGGCGACUGCGAUACUUCUUCUUCCAGGGGGAGAAAUUAGGGUAGGGCGAGAGGGCGAGAGGAGAGAGGAGAGAGGGCGAGAGGAGAGAGAGGAGAGAGGGCGCGAUGGAGCGCUCGGCUUGGCGUGUUGUGGAUCUCUGUCUGGCGUGGCUAGUGAGGGAUAGGCUAGAAAGCCGUGCGAUGAGAACAGCGGUGUCCGCGUUCUCUUUUCCGGUUCUAUCUCUUGGAUCGUAACGAGGACGCGCCGAGAGGCCAGCAGCAACGACAAAGGGACGAGCGAUCGCGGAAAUCUGCGUGUGAACAGCGGCAGGACCAAGGUCUGGCUAUUUAAGAUCGAUAUCCAUCAGCCCGAGAGGGAUUUCUUCCUCUUUCCGCGAUUCGAUCUAGAUCCUUCCCAUCGUCAUCUAUCGAUUUGGGCGAUAUUUCGCGAGCAGCUACAAUGUCGUCGAGCCCACCCAGCGGCCCCGGCGGGAUGUUCUACCCGAGCGAUCUCACCUACAAAUUCAACGCGAGCAUGGCGAUCAUCGUCGUGGUGCUCGUCACCACCUUCUUCUUCAUGGCCCUCUUCGUGCUCUACAUCCGCCGCUGCAACAUGGUGAAUGCCACCGGCUGGAACGCCGGCCCCAACGCGCAGCAGCAGCAAGGCCAGCAGCAGCAGCAGCAGCGGCACCGCGGCCUGGAUCCCGAAUCGCUGGAGAAGCUGCCCAUCUUGAGAUACUCGUCCAUCAAAUCCAGCAAGAAGGGGAAGGCCGGCCCCGAGUGUACAGUGUGCCUGCUCCAGUUCGAGGAGAACGAGCAAGUCCGCCUCCUCCCCGAUUGCGGCCACCUCUUCCACGCCGAUUGCAUCGAUAUGUGGCUCGAGACCCACUCCACUUGCCCGCUCUGUCGCCGCAACCUCGACCAAAAUGCCGUGUCCGGGCACCUGCAGCGCGCUCUCUCGGCAGUGGUCGGCUCCUUCCGCCGGGAUCCAAACUCCAACUCCAUCGCUGAGGGGCGGCGGGACGCAGCAGCGGAGGUGGAGGUGGAGGUGGUGGUGACGGUGGCGGCGGAUCCCGAGCGCCCGGUUCUUCGUGAAGAUCACCAGCCCGACGAGGCGCUGGAUGCCAGCCGGCGGCACGACCAAGGCCAGGCGGUGAGGACACUCUCGCGGCACUCGGAGUCGUUUAAGAUGGCGGUGCACGACCUGGAGCUGAUGGAGAUCCGGGAGAAAAUGCGAGCCAGGAGCCAGCGGGGACUUGCUCCUCCUCAGGUUGUGAUCCACCACUCAAACAGCUUUGCCGGGCUUGCUCCACUCGACGAGCCCGACUCGUUGCCGGCUGCUCGCAGCCCGGAUGUUUUGCGGAGGUCCGUCUCGGUUGGCUCCGGCAAUCUCUGGAGUGGCGGCGGCGAGUCGUCCGCGGCAAACCGAGGAGCAUCGGUCUCUGGAUUUGCGAGGCGGAGCUUGAAGUGGCUGGUUGGCGGUACUGCUGCCAAGGAUGUCACGCCCGAUCACCAUCAUCAUAAGUCCCCGCCCACCUCCGCUGCUUCCUAGUAAGCUGUACAUAGCUUCCGGCUUGUCGAAUCUCGAUCGAGGGGAGGAAAAGUCGUCGUCGUCGUCGUCGUCGUCAUUGGUUUUUGUGGCUGAGCUGAGCAACGCUGUUGUGAGAGUCGUGUGUGCACGCUUUCCGUUCGCGCACCUAUGGUUUGGCUGGCUCACGCUCUUGUCGCGGAAGAAGCUUCUUUAAAAGUGAAUACCACCCCGUGUUGCGUCUCUUUUUCU